GGGGGGGGGGAGAGGUAGGGGAGGGUUCUAAACAAAUAACAGGAGUAGAGUUUUCCCAGUAGAGUCGUGUCAGUGUUUGAUCAAACUCGCUGACUGCCAGAGACUCGCUCUCACACUCUCGCUCUCAGCAUUACACACACUUACUCUGUCUCUGAGACGGAGCGUCUCAGCCUUUCACAGAACGAGAGGAGGAGGAGAGGGCAGGAGGGAGAGAGAAAGGGGAAGAGGGAGUACCCUUCAUUGAAAUAAGGAAGCCUGUCUACCUGCGGAUCAAGGAAACAGGAUAGAAAAGGAAAUCAAUCUGAACAGCUGUGCACCGUGUCGCUAAUGUGACCCUAUUUUUGAGGCCCGAAUUCUGUCCCGUGUUCUCGCCACGCCUGCAGUGCCAUUCUGUGCCACCAGAUGUCACUGUGGCCGUAGUUGCAAAGAUCACCCUCCCUCAGGGAGAUGCACGUCAUUGGCCUGGCUUGGCUGGGCUCGGCUCUGCAGACAUGGUCAGGACAUUCCUGAGCACCUGCAACGUUUUCAGAGCGUUUGUUAAAAAAAAUCAGCAAGAGACUCCAGCUCUCUGAAUAACUAAUCCAUGCAUUCUAGGGAAUAGGACCCUGAAUCUGUAACUCCCUCAGAUCAAAGGACUUCGAACAAUCAGACUGCAUUCUCCCUGCUUCAUCCCUGAAUAUAGCCGGCAUUUUAAUAAUAAUAAUAAUAAUAAUAAUAAUAAUGAAUUCUUAGUGUCUUUUCAGAGGGAAUCAGGGCAUUUAAAAGCAGCGAGAAACUUGGCUGAAUUAAUAACAGCAGCAUUCCUCCUCCCUGCUUCCCACCCCAGGCUCUGGCACUGAGCUCCGGUCAGUCUCCGCAGUGAUGAUCGGGACCCUGCUCCUCCUCUCCCUCCUCCUCCUCUCCCUCUUCUUCCUCCUCCAGGCACAGCUCUCCUCCUGUCUGCAGGGGGUGGCAGGGGGCCCCGCUCAGCGGCUCCCGGGAGCCAUCAUCAUUGGGGUGCGGAAGGGGGGCACUCGGGCGCUGCUGGAAAUGCUGAACAUGCACCCCGACGUCCGUGCGGCGAAAUCCGAGAUCCACUUCUUCAACCGGGACCACAACUACCGGCGCGGGCUGAGCUGGUACCGGGCCCAGAUGCCAGAAUCCCUGCCGGGUCAGCUGACCGUGGAGAAGACCCCCGGGUACUUCUCCUCCCCGGUGGCCCCCGAACGGGCCCGGGCCCUGAACGCCUCGCUGCGGCUGCUCCUGAUCGUGAGGGACCCUGUGGAGAGGCUGGUGUCAGACUACACCCAGGUGCUCAGCAACCGCAGGGAGAGAGGCAAGGGCUACCCCCAACUGGAGCAGCUGCUGAUCCGAGAGGGGAGGCUGGACCUGAGUUACAAGGCGGUCCAGCGCAGCAUCUAUCACCUCCAGCUGGCUGCCUGGCUGCGCUGCUUCCUCCCGGGGCAGAUCCACGUGGUGGACGGGGAAGCCCUGAUCCGGGAUCCUUUCCCUGAGCUGCGCAGGGUGGAGGGGUUCCUCUCGCUGGCCCCCGCCAUCUCCCCCUCCGACUUCCGCUUCAACAGCACCAAGGGCUUCUUCUGCCUGGAGAGUGGGGGCCGGCAUCGCUGCCUGGAUGAGUCCAAGGGGCGCCCACACCCCCCCGUCCGGCUGGCCGUCCGCCAGCGGCUCUGCCGGCACUUCAGAGAGCACAACCUGAGGUUCUUUGAGAUGGUGGGGCGCAGGUUCGACUGGUGCUGAAUCAGGGCUGAAUCAGGGCUGAAUCGGAGCUGAAUUGGGGCUGAAUCAGGGCUGAAUUGGGGCUGAAUCGGGGCUGAAUCAGGGCUGAAUCGGGGCUGGACUACAUUGCAAUUUAACUGGAAUUAAACUGGAAAUGUCCCAGGACAAAAUCCUGAUUGAUUAAAAUCAUUAAAAAUGAAUUCAUUCAUUCUCUAAAUUAGUAAAGUAAAACGAACCACGCCUGUUAUUAUGCAUGUUGUAUAUGAUGGUAACAGAGAAUUUCAAGACAGCAAACAGAUCCAACAGGACACUCACACAAGAAACACUUCAUGUUUCAACAAAUGCAAUACAUGUGUACAGAUUUACAGGAGCAUCAAAUGCAGUGUCUCUAAAUCGUGUGUCUCAGACUGUGACAGGACAGCUACACACUGCAGUAGCAAAUUCUGCCGUGUACUUCACCCCUCCCAAUAAUAUUCCUGAUGUCAUUCUCUCCCUCUCUCUUUUUAUUUUCAAACUAGCUUGGUAGAUGGUUUGAUUGAUUUUAUAAUUGAUAGAUUUCUUUAGAAUUAGUAAAAAAAAACAAAUUAAAAAAACAAGGUCUCGCUUUUAAGUCUUGCAAGGUUUUGUUUUAAUGUUCAGAAAAAAACUCAGAGUUUAGAAAUACUAAAACAAUUCAGUGGCAAGCGUUUCCAGUAGAAGUCUUUCUCAGUGUCUUCAGUGUCAAUUCAAUGGCAAACGUUUCCACUAGAAGUCU